AUGGCGACAAGAGCAUCCACAUCCCUUCCGUUUCAUGGUGGUGUUAAGGAGGAGGAGGGUCCUACCUUCUUCAAGAUCAUUAGGCCUGGAUUCAACAUGGAGCAUAUAAGAAUCCCACCUGCAUUUCGUACGCAUGUAUCACCUGAACUCUCCGAGAGGGCUAUCUUGAAAUUGAAGAAUUCAUCAGAAUCUUCCUGGACUGUUAGAGUAACUACAUCAGGAAGGGACAUAUAUUUGAAGGAUGGCUGGCAGGAGUUUUUAAGAGAUAACUCCUUGGGUGAUUCUGAGUUCUUAGUGUUUAGAUAUGUCAAAAGUAUGUGUUUCAUCAUCAAUGUUUUUGACAAGGAUUGUGUUGAGAGAGUGCAUUUCCCCAAAGCCAGAACGAGUCAAGCAUCCACCUUCCAAAAGAAGACUAAAAGGCCUUCGGGAAGAUCACAAACAGCUGCAGGUAAUCUUCCACAUAACUUCGCUGCAGAAGCUGCUAGGGUGCUUACAUUCAAAGCAGCACAACUUCCAAAUUCUGCAGCUGCUGCAGCUUUCAAAUCCAAAUUUCCUUACUUUAUGAAAGUUCUUGGAGAAUCGAGGAUGGUGGCAAUUCCCACAGACUUCUAUAGGAAGAUGUUUUGUUUAGGCAAAUUUGAUGAAGUAUUCCUGGUGACUUCAAAGGGAAAAUUCACAGUGACACUUUAUCCUUGCUCUGAUACAAUGAUGCUGUCUGGAGGGUGGGUUUCCUUUAGAGAUGGGAACCGUCUCCAAGUUGAUGACAUUUGCAUCUUUGAGCUUCUGAAUGAGAACACCAUGAGGGUUCACAUUUUCCGAAACUGA